CGCAAUAACCGCGUGAACUGGGGCAAAGGAGCCCUCUCAAUGUUGAUUUGUAACCUUUGAAGACAAGUCAAGCGCUGCAUAUUCGCUCUGUUGUAUUCAACUGUACUAUACACACAUCUUCGAAAUGCCUGCUGCAAUCUCGAUUCGCAAGGUUGACGGCAAGCCCGGUCAAGUUUACUACCCUCUAGAGAAGAUCAAUGUUCCCGAAAGCACGCCCAAAGACAAUCAAGUCGUCGUCAAAAUCACCGCUGCCGCAUUGAAUCAUCGAGACCUGUUCAUUCGCCAGCAUCUAUACCCUGGCACCACAUUCGGUGUACCAUUACUCGCAGAUGGCACCGGCAUUGUAACCUCGACCGGAUCGUCACCCGAAGCAAAGAAAUGGCUGAACAAGCGCGUCAUUCUCAACCCCGGUAGUGGAUGGAAAGAUGACCCUGAUGGUCCUGAAGAUCCCAAGGGGUAUGCUAUACUUGGAGGAACAAAGCUCAACCCUCUAGGCACAUUGACUGAGAGCUUGGUCAUUGAUGCGUCUGAACUGGAGGAGGCACCUAAGCAUCUCACGAACGCUGAGGCUGCCGCUUUCCCUCUCACGGGUCUUACUGCCUGGAGAGCGACUGUCACCAAGAGUGGUAACUGCAAGCCUGGUCGCAACAUACUCAUCACUGGUAUUGGUGGUGGUGUCGCGCUCAUGGCCCUGCUAUUUGCAAGCGCAGCUGGUGCCAACGUCUUCGUGACAAGUGGAAGCCAGGAAAAGCUGGACAAGGCAAAGAAGCUUGGUGCUGCAGGGGGUGCAAUCUACAAGGAGGAGGGAUGGGAGAAGAAGCUGUUGGAACAAUUGCCAAAGGACAGAAAAUUCCUCGAUGCUGUCAUUGACGGUGCCGGCGGUGACAUCGUUGAGAAGGCUUUCAAAAUUAUGAAGCCUGGUGGUGUCAUUGUUUCCUAUGGCAUGACAGUAGGCCCCAAGAUGCCCUUCACCAUGGCCGCUGUUCUCAAAAACAUUGACCUCCGUGGAUCUACAAUGGGCUCCAGAAAAGAGUUCGCCGACAUGGUCAGCUUUGUUUCCACCAAGAACAUCCGACCCAUUGUAUCGAGGAGCGUCUCCGGACUCGACAACCUUGAAGAGAUCAACGGCUUGUUCGAGGACAUGAAGAAUGCUAGCCAAUUCGGCAAACUGGUCAUUGAGCUUGAGAAGGCAACAGAAGCUAGCAAGCUGUAGAUCAGUAGGCUUCAUGAAUCACGAAUCAUGUAUACUUCAAUUCUAUACUCCAAGCGCUCCACGCACAAGCUUCAGGCAUUCAUCAGCCGUGACCAGGCGAAACUACUCACCACAAGUUAGUUUGUAUACCCUCUUGAAACACUUUUUCUCAUCAAAUGGGGUUGUGGUCUAGUGGUAUGACAUCUUCUUAGCAUUGCUCUUCGAGCAUUACUGAGUGGAGAAGGUUCUGGGUUCGAUUCCCAGCUACUCCAUCCUUUUGUUUUCCUGUGUGCUGUAGAUGUACACUACCUUUUGCUGGC